CAAACGAUACAAAAGGGCAGGUCUUUCAGCAUGCUCUUUCCCCUUUUGACUUUUUCGCAGUCUUGAGUUGUAGUAGUGGAAUUCAGUGUGUAGUGUGUCGCUCCGAUACCGAUAACACCACAGCAGGUCAUUGACAUCGCCCGGUCGCUUUCUCCACCAGGCGAGACUGAGAAGCAAGAAGGAUCAAGAUGCGACGCGCCGAGAACCAAGCGAGAAAGGAGGAGCACAGAGCGGAACGCCAGGAGGCUCGCCUCCACAACCAAGCCGCAAGAGCUGCAGCCCAUGGGAACAUUGCCGGAGCGGUGAUGCUUGAGACUCAGGCACAGAUGAAGCACGCUCAGGCCGAGCACGCCGCCGUCCGCGCCGACGUCCUCCACCAGGCGCACCACGGCCAUGGUAUCCACGCUCACGCUCACGCUCACCACCAGCCGCCACCGCACGCCGGCCACCAUCACCACGGACACCAUGGUCACCAUGGGCACGGCCACGCCUCCAUCACCGUGGUGCCGGUGCCGGUUCCCGUGGCGACACCAGGCUACCCGGUGGGCCAUGCAGCUCCGCCGCCAGUAGCCCCCGUUGCCCAGCCUGUAGGAGCAUACCCGCCACCUGCUGCUCAACCUUACCCUGGCCAGCCACCAGCCGCUCAACCUUACCCUGGUCAGGCGUACCCUGGCCAGCCCCCGGCCGCCGUGCCCGGAUAUGGUGCCCCGCCCAACCCAGCCGUCCCCGGCUAUCCCCCCAGCUACCCGCACUAAACCGUGUGCUGGUUUGAAUGACCCGGAUGGCGAGCGGGUCGAAAUGCCCCAUCCUGCGGGUUGAACGUCCCAUCCUGCGGGUUGAACAUCCUGUACUGCGGCGGACUGAAGUACCCAGGACGUAUGCAGCAUCAUGGUGUCCUUAUCAUCAGAUUGGCUAUGUACUAUAGUGCAAGCGAGAUUAUACAUGCACGUGUAUUGCAUCUAAUGGAAAAUUUCCCCUCGGAAUUCCCUUUGGGGAAGGACAUGAUAAUUUACUAAUUUUUUUAUCGAAAAAAAUGAUCUGACGUUGAUCUUUUAUUACUAGCCAGCGAAUGGAUUAUUUGACCUUAUUUUCUCCUGCGUAUACAUAGUGGUCUCACAGUACCAGCAAUGGGACGCACAUGUACAUGUACAUCUGCAUGUACAUGUAUAGUGCUCUGUCCGUCCGUCUCUUUCCUACACAAUUUCACUUGUAUUUUUUUUGGUUGUGUGGUGCGAACAAUUAGAAAUGAUUUGAUUGCCCUCUUCA